AAGAAAGUUUAAAUGGCUAUUUCAUUGACUUUGUAAAAAAAUGUUAUGGUUGUAAUUGGUACCGUUACCGUUGUUCCUGCAGAGGUUCGAAUUCAGAUGGAGGGAGGAUCUCGCUAGACUGAACACUCUUAUGUCAGAUCAGCGGGCAAGUGAGAUUACGCCACCAAGCUCUCGUAAACUAACCCCAACAACAAAGGGCCCUCGAAGAAGAUUCACAUGGAAUCAUGAGCAACAGACGCCGUUUACGUCUUGGUCACGAAAUUACGCUCAACAGCAUUCUUCUCAACCAACUCAAUUCAAUGUAUGAGAGGAGGGGCAAACCGCCAGCGUCCACCUGUGCUUCCUGUAAAAUACGUCAAAAAGUAAUAGGGGGGGAAAAUUUGUCCCGCCAUGUUCCUCGUGGGCAGAGAUGCCCAGGAUAACGAGGAUGUGGAGAUGAGCUUAUGAUUGUUGCCCAUGGCUCAGGGGUAUAAAUAUCGGGAUAACAUUUCAAACUUCACAUCAAUUGUCAACUUGACUCAACAACGGCAACACCUCACAGAUCCUUUUCCGGAAACAUGAAGUUCUUCAUUGUGCUCGCUGCUGUGGCUUUGGCCAAUGGCGAUAUCAUUCGUGGUCGUGGUGAACGACAAGGUCGUCAAUCCAACAAUGCCGUCAAUGGCGGUGUUGACUUCAGCGGCUGCCAGAACGACCCCGAGACCGGCCUUUGUUGUGUGGAAAAAGAGGAGACCGUGACCUCCAUCCAGAAGGAUCCCAUUCUUGAAUGCACCCACAAGAAUGUGGAGAAGUGUCACUACACUUAUGUGACGGAAUUCUCGCCCGCUCAAGAAGAGGUUUGUGAAGAGAACUUUGAAAAGUCUUGCCAGAUCACGUUCAAGCAACAAGCCAUUGAGGAGCAAGUGAAGAAAUGCUACCGUCCUUUGGAGAAGAUUUGCAAUGGUCAAGGACCCGAGGAGUGCCGUACUGUCUACGAGUCCUCUUGUACCACCAAGUACGUUGAGAAGCAAGCCGGCAAGUUCGUGGGCGACACCAAGUGCGAGAAGCUCCCCAUUGAGAUUUGCGGUGCCGGUUGCGUGACUGAGGAGGGUCCCGAGGAGUGCCACGACAAGACCAUCACGUCCUUGUUGGAUGUGCCCGAGGAGGUGUGCGACUUGAACCCCCAGAAGACUUGCCGCCUGCAAACCAAGUUGGUGCCCUCUCUCAAGCCUGAACACGAAUGUACCAUUAUCCCUCAAGAGAUCUGUAACCUGAAAUUCACCUCCCCUCAACAAGUGGAGAAGCCUUUGAAGACCAAGUGGUGUUUGGACCCUAGUGCCCCUGUUCCCGACCAGACCUACGAUGAGGCCAAUGCUGGUGCCGCUCCUCUUGGCCGAAAAUAAUCAAAAUCCACAAGUUAUCCGGGAAUGGACUAAUCACUGUUGGUCUGUGCCUGGCAGCCACUAUUUUGCCAUACUAUUUUGCCAUUAUCGUAUUUAAUUUAUCCAUUUAAUUUAUUGUGAUAAAUAAAAAAUGUACU